AUCUGUUUCCUCUGUACCUAUUUUCUUCCCUUGCUCUGCACACAAACUGAGACCUGCUGGGUUAGAGCCCGCAGGCCGAUGGCCGUCCCUGCAGGCCUGGUCCUGGGACUCCUCACUUUGAUGACUCUCCUGAGUCGCCACGGAGCAGGGGCCAUCCCAGCUGACCACCUGGGCUCCUAUGGACCCGCCUUCUACCAGUCUUACGAUGCCUCGGGCCAGUUCACCCACGAAUUCGACGGGGAGCAACUCUUCUCUGUGGACCUGAAAAGCGGGGAGCUUGCGUGGCGCCUGCCUGAGUUUGCAGACUUCUCACGCUUUGACCUGCAGAACGGACUGGUCAGCAUCGCCCGCAUCAGGGCCCAUCUGGCCGUCUUGGUGGACCGCUCCAACCGCUCCAGAGCCGCCAGCGUGCCUCCCAGGGUGACCGUACUCACCAAGUCUCCAACCGAGCUGGGCAAACCCAACAUUCUCAUCUGCGUCGUGGACAACAUCUUCCCCCCUGUGAUCAAUGUCACCUGGCUACGCAAUGGUCAAACCGUCACUGAGGGCGUGGCCCAGACCAGCUUCUAUUCCCAGCCGGACCACACGUUCCGCAAGUUCCACUACCUGACCUUCGUGCCCGGGCAGGACGACGUCUACGACUGCAAGGUGGAGCACUGGGGCCUGGACGAGCCGCUGCUCGAGCACUGGGAGCCCCAGCUGCCUGCCCCGCUGCCAGACACCACAGAGACCCUGGUCUGCGCCCUGGGCCUGGCCAUCGGCCUGGUGGCCUUCUUCGUGGGCACCGUCCUCAUCAUCACAGGCACACUGGUGUCCAGCGUCCCCAGGUAAUGACUCUCCUGAGAGAAACAGCCAUGACGGCGCCUUCCUGAGUUCUCCAGGUUUUCGACAGCCUUGCGCCUGGGAAUCCCACAGCCCAGCAAAUUCCUCUGCCCUGCUGAUUUGAAUGCCAUCAACCUCUCUCGGAUAAGUGCCCCCCUCUGAGGCCACAGUACCUACAGUAGCGCCUGUGGGGGCACAAUCAGCUGCCCUUUCCAACACAUAUGCACUCUCGCACACCCACGCACACACGCACACGCACGUCACGCACACUCCUAUUCUUCUGCACCCAAAGCCUGGACUAGGAGCUCUAAGUUCAUUGAUGGGAUCUGCACUGUGUCCUUUUAACCAGAUCGUGGCUGCUGCUCUCAGGUGUGCGGGCUGCCAGACCCGAAGAGGGGUCUGGGUGAGGACCACGGGGAUGACCGCAGGUGGCAGCCAGCUUUCCCCAUCAGCCUCUCAUGUGUUACACUGUCAAUGUGCCAUUCCACGAGGAUUUCGUAAAAUUGGCCCCCUGAAUUUAGAUUUGCCUGAAACAGGUGCAGUGUAGCAUUCACUCAGUGCAACUCCCUCAAACAACAGUUCCAAAGGGCUCAGGAGAGAGGGGGUUCAUGGGGAUCCCACUUUUGUCUGGAUGAUAAGGCUCCUGAUGCCCAGUUAUGAUCUACAAUGUCACCUCCUUUUUCUUCGUCCGCCAGGGUCCCAUGUGUGACAGAGAUUCGAUAGCUUCUUCCUUGGGGGGGACAGUCAGACUAGGCUGGGGAAAGCAGAGUAGAUCUGUAGGAUACCUGGCAAGGGAGGUGGUGUCACAUCCACUGAGCACGCCCCCAGUGUGUGGCCUAGAAGAUCUUGACAGAAAAGAUUAAAACUACACUGCAACCAUAAACAACCACAUAAAGUAAUUUGUGUCCAGAACCAAAGAAGUGACAUGCCCUGAUCCUGCUGGUCUUUUGCUUGAAAGUUAACUGCAUGUAUCAUUAGAAAAGUGUUUCUCUCAUGUCCCCUCUCAGGCUUAAUAAAGUGCUUUAAAAUGUU